CCCACUCUCUUUUCAUUGRUAGGAACGCCUGCUUGUUUUGGCGAGGCAAUGGCCACCAGAAGUUGUCUAGAAAUGCUCUUUGUUCAAUUUUACCAGUCUACUAGUACUUUUAAAACCAAAAAAACAUCGUCUUUAUAAUUCUCAAUGAACAUGCUGGCCUUCAGAGUUUUUUMCUUACUUUUACUCGCCACAGGGACAAAAUGCAAGAGCUCUUCGGCCGCGCUCAAGCUACUUGAAAAGGAAGCCAAGACCGCAAWGUGCAAGUCUACUAACUUCGAUAGYUUAAUGAUUUCAAGAGCUYAAGGUUCCGACAAAAAACUUUUAUCAUGUCUUAUUAAGUCMCUGGAUCAAACUAAAAAUGARGGCUUCUUGUGGAGUUUAUUGGGUGAAGUGUUUGCAAGGAMAGGCGAAAGAUUGAAAGCAAAUGUUUGCUACAAGGAAUCAAUCAGACUAAUGGGUAAAGUUUCUAAGUACAUCAAAAAAUGGCAUUACAUUGGUCCUUUUACCAUCGGAAAGAAUGAGAUCGAUGGMGAUCCACUUCAAGAUUGGAAMGGGAUUCAAAAUGUUUCCAGACARCGCUGGGAUAAGAAAAGAAAUACAUUUUAUUCCGAAGUAACCAAAGGAGGAGAAAUUCAAUGGAAAGUCAUUAACAUGAAUACUGCUAGCGAACCUAUAAAUAUUCCUUCAAAUGCUGAUUGGAYUGAUUUGAUAAUGAGUUUGCAAUCAUUAGGUAUUGCCGAGUGGCAGGGAUGGAUUGUYGGUGAUUUUGUACUAAAUGAAGACAGUGCCAUUCUAGUUCAGUGUUUAGGUGCCAGUACUGUGUAUAUCAAUGAUACUCUAAUCACUGGUGAUCUUUACAAGAGAAGGGAAUUCUGGCAUCCUGUYCAUCUUAAAAGAGGUAUCCACUCAGUCAUGAUCAAGCUGCGCUCAAAAGCAACACUAGCUCUUCACUUUCAUCUCAGUCAAGCUCAAGAGAAAGRUACCGUCAAUGUACUAAAUCCYCCAUUUCUUCCUGAUCUUGUUAAUGGYAAARUGUUUAGCAYUCUUAUCUCCRUWCCAGUGCAAAACCUUCAUCACAGCAACUGGCUUAAAAUUAUAAAGGUGUCCAUAAGAAGUAAAGAUUCAAUUUUUAAAACAUCUUUAUUUGGUGAACUCAACAAMCUCUCAAUAGCACCAGGUCAAAUUAAACCUAUUAUUAUUAAAAUUGAUUACAAAAAUGUUAAACUGAGAAAUGAAGACAGUGAAGAAGAUUGUAAAGAUACAGAGUUAAAUUUAAAGUUAUCCUUUAAGGGGAAAGAUGAGAAAGUUAACUUGGUUUUAAGGUGUAGAAAGUUGUCAGAAUCAUUUUUGUUCACCUUUUUGGAUCACGAUGGGUCUGUUCAACAUGGUGCAGCUAUUGCACCACUGAAAGGUUGUCAAUCAGGAGUUUGCCCAGUACUUUUGACUCUCCAUGGAACAACUGUUUCACCUCAAAGUCAAGCAGACAGCUACAAGAGAAUGGAAGAUGGGCAAUGGYUCUUUGGACUGGACAACCUUUGGGUGCUUGCACCAACACGGCAUGGGGCUCAUAACUGGGAGGGACCAGGAAAGCUCACUGCAAUGAAGGCACUUGAAUCAUUUUCACUAUUAACCAAAGAAAGCUCAUUUAUUGAAUACAAAGCCGAUGGCCACAAAAUGGUCAUUGCAGGCCAUUCAAUGGGAGGUCAUGGCGCCUGGAUUAUCGGUACCCAUUACCCAGACCAGACACUGGCARUGAMUUCUGGUGCAGGUUGGAUACGAAAGGAGGAUUAUGGCGAUUCUAAUCUGUUUUUUAGACAUGAUGUUAGCACCAGUCAUGUCAGCCCUGCUGUUAAGACUACCAUGGAAGCAUGCGUAUCAGAAAAUGAUGUCGAUAAACAUGUUUCUAAUUUACAUGGUAUUCCAGUUAUGAUACGAACAGGGGCCGCUGACCGUACCGUUCAUCCCUAUUAUUCACGGCGGAUGUAUCGGUUAUUGAAACAACAAGGGUCUAAUGUUACUUACGAAGAAAUUCCUGGAAAAGAGCACUGGUGGUGGGAUACUUACAAGACGAAUGAUGGUGGUGUGACCAAUGAUCCUGUCAUCCGGGGAUUUGCUAUAAAGCACGCACAGCACGCUGGGAAUGUGCCGUCAAUCAAUGGUGAUGUUUGUGACAAGAACAACGAGAAUUGUGGUGAAACUGCUGAAAAUAAGUACCGUAAGCAAAGCCACAACGAAGAAGCUUUACAUAGAAAUCAAGUUGGACGGUUUACUCUGACAGUCUACAAUCCUGCUUCCAAUAACGGUCUCCGUGGAGUGAGAAUCAUUCAACAAAUCGUUCCAUUCAGGCACAGCUCUGUUCAAAUAGAAUUAUCUACCGGAUCAGCUGUCCUACGUACUGAAAAUGCUGCUCGCAUCUCGCUAAACGAGCCAGUUCUAUCACCCAUACUGUGGCACCAAAGACGUAUCAAAAUAGAUANUUCUGGUGCAGGUUGGAUACGAAAGGAGGAUUAUGGCGAUUCUAAUCUGUUUUUUAGACAUGAUGUUAGCACCAGUCAUGUCAGCCCUGCUGUUAAGACUACCAUGGAAGCAUGCGUAUCAGAAAAUGAUGUCGAUAAACAUGUUUCUAAUUUACAUGGUAUUCCAGUUAUGAUACGAACAGGGGCCGCUGACCGUACCGUUCAUCCCUAUUAUUCACGGCGGAUGUAUCGGUUAUUGAAACAACAAGGGUCUAAUGUUACUUACGAAGAAAUUCCUGGAAAAGAGCACUGGUGGUGGGAUACUUACAAGACGAAUGAUGGUGGUGUGACCAAUGAUCCUGUCAUCCGGGGAUUUGCUAUAAAGCACGCACAGCACGCUGGGAAUGUGCCGUCAAUCAAUGGUGAUGUUUGUGACAAGAACAACGAGAAUUGUGGUGAAACUGCUGAAAAUAAGUACCGUAAGCAAAGCCACAACGAAGAAGCUUUACAUAGAAAUCAAGUUGGACGGUUUACUCUGACAGUCUACAAUCCUGCUUCCAAUAACGGUCUCCGUGGAGUGAGAAUCAUUCAACAAAUCGUUCCAUUCAGGCACAGCUCUGUUCAAAUAGAAUUAUCUACCGGAUCAGCUGUCCUACGUACUGAAAAUGCUGCUCGCAUCUCGCUAAACGAGCCAGUUCUAUCACCCAUACUGUGGCACCAAAGACGUAUCAAAAUAGAUGAYGACGAUAUAGGUGUUGAAGGACCUCUAGGAAAAUCUUCGAUAUCACUCUGUAGGUCAACUAAUAAGGACUCGAAUUGGAGAAUCUGCGAAAAAGCCGAAACAUUUGAAUCUGAGCUUGAGAGAGGUCCUUUGAAUAUGGGACCUGCUGGUCGAAUUGCUGAGAGUCCUUUUUUGAUCGUGACAGGGACAGCCGAUGAUACAAGCACGACAAACACCCUUCGUCAGUUUGCUGUUUACAUCGCUAAUCAAUUUCAACUGACGUCAGACGCCUUGGCUCACGUGAUCACCGAUAAGGACUUGGACGAAGCGACCGCUGAUAAUUACAACUUGAUUGUCAUUGGUAAACCAGAACAGAAUUCAUGGACAAGUCGUUUUCAACAAAACAUUCCAAUCAAGUUUGGAGAAAAUCAGAUUGAAUUACGAAGCUGUCGAUACCAGGCUCUCCGAACUGGCGCCAUUUUCCUUGCUCCCCAUGCUGGUAGUAGACUGGCUCUAGUUUUGACAGGGAACUCUCUUCUAGGACUACAAGACAUUGUUCUCCUUGCCACGCCUACAAUUCUACCCAUGGCAAGGUCUCCGUUCUCAAAUAUGAUUCCUGAUUAUACCAUUACUGGUCCGGACUUUGGUGCACGUGGUCCAGGGGGAUAUCUUUGUACGGGAUUCUGGGGCAAUCAUUGGGAUUACAGACCUGAACUUAGUUCAUGUUGGUGUUAAUGGGGUAAAACCUGUUUUUUAGUCAUUAAAAGGGUUAGAGUGAUAAUACGUUGCUCCAUCACUCACUUUAAUGUAUACCCGGGUGGAUUGCGUCACCUUUUGAUUGUUCGGAUCCCUAUUUUUGGUUUACAGUCAUAGGACUAACAUCUCCUUCGGGAAAUUACAGAACUGAAAAAGAUAAGGCAGCCAAAGAGAUGCACUUAACAAUGAAAGUUUAUGAGAAAUUAAAUCAUAUUUCUGUCAUGUUCUGUAUGGUGUACACCGAAUAGACCUUUUGAAAUACAAAAUUAUGGUUCAUUGUGGUCUAGAUUCAGUACAAGCAACACCAUAUUUGGCUACAUUAACUUUCGUUGUUUGUGCCGAGCCUAAACCAUAAUGCAAUGCGUAAUGCUAUUUCAGAAAAGGCCUAUAUAUGACGUCACAAUCUAACCAAUAAUAAUCCAAGUACAUAGCACUUAACGUCACAGUUUUCGAGCCAUGAAGUAAUUCGAUUAAAAUUUUUAAGAGUAUCUAAGAGUGUU